AUGCGACAGACAGACAGUGCCCACACUGUGCACCACGCGACAGACAGUGCCCACACUGUGCACCACGUGACAGACAGUGCCCACACUGUGCGCCAUGCGACAGACGGACCGUGCCCACACUGUGCACCACGCGACAGACAGACCGUGCCCACGCUGUGCGACGGACGGACAGUGCCCACACUGUGCGCCACGCGACAGACGGACCGUGCCCACACUGUGCGCCACGCGACAGACGGACCGUGCCCACACUACAGUACCUCUGACAUCGACACUUCGUACCCGAGGAACGUACAGCUAAACGUGCUCACUGUCUCUCUGACCAGCGCCCUCCUGUCCCCUCACUGCUGGAUGGAGUUCAAGAGGAUGCUGAAUCGUGAACUGACUCACCUCUCCGAAAUGAGCCGCUCAGGGAACCAAGUCUCUGAGUACAUAUCCAGUACCUUCCUCGACAAGCAGAAUGAAGUAGAGAUCCCACCUCCCACACAGAAAGAACGAGACAAGAAGAAGAAACAGCCCAUGUGUCAGAUCAGUGGGGUGAAGAAACUUACCCACAGCUCAAGCCUCAACCUCAGUAACUCGAGCAUCCCCAGGUUUGGAGUAAAGACUCAUCAGGAAGAAGCACUAACCAAGGAAUUGGAUGAUUUGAACAUAUGGGGCCUUAAUAUUUUCCGAGUUUCCGAGUUCUCGAACAACAGGCCGCUCAGCUGCAUCAUGUAUGCUAUAUUCCAGGAGAGAGACUUGAUGAAGACCUUCAGGAUUCCAGUUGACACUUUCCUCACAUACAUAAUGACACUGGAGGAUCAUUACCAUGCUGAUGUUGCAUACCACAACAGCUUGCAUGCAGCUGAUGUCACUCAGUCCACACACGUACUGCUGUCUACCCCGGCCCUUGACGCCGUCUUUACCGAUCUAGAGACACUUGCUGCAUUGUUUGCUGCUGCGAUUCAUGAUGUGGAUCACCCAGGAGUUUCCAAUCAGUUCCUCAUCAACACCAAUUCUGAGCUAGCACUAAUGUACAAUGAUGAGUCUGUCCUGGAGAACCAUCACCUCGCUGUGGGCUUCAAACUCCUCCAGGAGGAAAACUGCGACAUCUUCCAGAAUCUCCCCAAACGACAGCGGCAGAGUCUGCGGAAGAUGGUCAUUGAUAUGGUUCUAGCAACAGACAUGUCCAAACACAUGAGUCUCCUAGCAGACCUGAAAACUAUGGUGGAGACAAAGAAAGUGACCAGCUCAGGAGUCCUCCUGCUUGACAACUACACUGAUAGGAUCCAGGUGAUGAGGAAUAUGGUUCACUGUGCUGACCUGAGUAACCCUACCAAACCGCUGGAGUUGUACCGACAAUGGACAGAUCGUAUCCUGGAGGAGUUUUUUCGACAGGGAGACAAGGAACGAGAGCGAGGGAUGGAGAUUAGCCCAAUGUGUGACAAACAUACAGCCUCAGUGGAAAAGACACAGGUAGGAUUCAUUGACUACAUAGUGCACCCACUGUGGGAGACAUGGGGUGACCUUGUGCACCCUGAUGCCCAGGAUAUCCUGGACACGCUGGAGGACAACAGGUACUGGUAUCAGAGUAUGAUCCCACAGAGCCCCUCGCCACCACUGGACGAUCCAAGCCAGGGUGAAGAGGUUUGCAUUGACAAGUUUCAGUUCGAACUGACACUGGAGGAAGAAGAUGAAUCUGAUCGAUCAGACAAGGAGAGAAACAGCACAGGAGAGGAGGAGACAAGCUGCCACAGCUCAGAAGAGACUAUGUCAUGCAUAGCUAAGGCACAGGAAGACAGCAGCACCAAGGAGGGACAGUUAGGCACCACAGCUGAGGACACAUCUUCUGUAGAGUCAUAAAAGAGGGAGAAUAGCUCUUGUGCGAAACAGAUGAAAUUUGUCUAUUUUUGGAGACAUACAUAUCAACUGUGAUUGGAAUCCAGGUCUGUGGGUGGAUUCCAACAUCAGAGUGCCCGAAAACUGAGCAAACUCAGUAUGGAAAGGGGGCAGGAGGUCAAAGCCAUUCUUUGUUUGGUUUGAACCUUUUAAUGGGGUGAGAGGAAGUCACUUUGAAAUAGUGUGUACCUCAAUCUCCCCCUCCAAUUGCAGUGAAAGAAACAGUAACAACCCGGGCAAACGAGAGACUUUCAACAAGAACCAAGUGGACCCACCUAAGCUCCCUCUCCUCCACAUUGUUUCCAUGACAAGGAGUCUGUUUCUCUGAGUGUGACAGGGUCUGGGAACUGCGUGCCUUUUCUGGAAUUAUCUACAAACUGUGUCUUUGUAGUUAAGUCAAGCAAUGAUUUGUUUUAUUUUUAAUGUUAUAUUUUACGUACUGUUUCUUAUAAGUUAUUCCGCAAGGUUCUAGAAAGAGCCAGAUCAAUGGAACAUAAGCCGGUGGAUAUGAUGUGAAACCGGUUUCAAACACUAAACUCUGCUCCUCAAUUUUUGAAGUCUUCCUCUAAUGUUCUUUUGCACAAUAUGGCAAUAUCUUUGGGACUUUUUAAAAUAAUUUAUGUUGUAGAGAUUCUGUGGUGCGCACAAGUAGCUGCGCUGGCUAAGAAUGGGAAUGUUUCCUCAGUUUGAGGUUUACUGUUCCCAUGUGCCAGGAGGGCACUGCACUUUCAUGUCUGUGAAUGGCUUUGAGAGGACCAAGGUGAGGUUUGGUCCCAGCUUAAAGCUAGGACCGCCUUAAAUGUGUCUCCUGUCUUCUUUAUUCUUGUCCUCUUUCAGAGGCUCUGAAUCCCACUGAAAUCAGUCUUCACCGUAUUUCCAGCACCUGCCAAUCCAUUCCUCGUAGAUUUUGGAGGAAAUGUGACCGUGGGAAAAUUACAGCCAAAUCCAGUAGAGUCUUCAUCUGAUACACGUACACAGAUAUGCGUACGCAUGCACACACAUUCACUCACUCUCACAUUCACCCACCUACGUACACACACUCACUGACUCUCUCACACACACACAUACACACACACACACACUGAUUACUGUUGAGGUGCAAAGUAAAUCCUGAAUUCCGAAUGAUUAUUUCGCUGUCCCAAAAUCAUGAGGGGAUUCCAAUGGGAUUCUAUUCUAAACCACAAUUUUCAUUUAUUUGUUUCUUCAAUUAUCCCCAAGAUUGCUUUAAAGGCAGGACAUGAAACUGUGCUCUCCUGGUUUGCUGUACAAGGUCAGUAUAAGUUUGAUUUUUUUGCCUUAAACUCAGUUUGCGCUCAUAAGAGAACUCUCUACCGCCCGCUCUCAAUCCCGGAGAUGAGAUUGGUGUGAUGCCAUAGGGAUUCCCUCCUGUGCCAAGAGCCAAGCUAUUGGAGUCUGCCAGAAUUGCCAAUACACAGCUGUUCCCUCCACUGUAAAUGCUGCAUUCAAUCAAGAUACAGUUCAUGGAAAUUGAUGUUGUCUUGAGUUCCAGAACCAACACAAACAGCAUGACAUAGCACACACUCUCCCCAUAACAAUCACUUUGAAUCAUACAGUACUCAACCCAUCCAGCCUGUGCUGUCUCUUUGAAAGAGCUAUCCAAUUGGUCCCACUCACCUGCUCUUUGCCCUUAGUUUUUCAAAAAUUUACCUAAUUCCCUUUUGAAGUUAUUUUAAAAUCUGCACCCACUGCCUUGUUGGCUAGCACAUUCCAGAUCAGAAUAACUCACUGUGUGUAAAAACAAAGUCUUAUCUCCACUCGUUCUUUUGUGUUUAAUCUGUGCCCUAGUGUCUCAUGCCCACUGGAAACAGAUUCCUGCUAAUUUCCUCGACCAAAACCUCUCAUUACAAUAGUGCUCAAAGUCAGGUCAGCUAAGGGUUAAACAGCUUCCUUUGUGCAUUCACAUAACAUCACCCUUAAUCUUUAGAGCACUGAUGUCAUAUAUGAUCUGCGAGUUGGAAUAGCUCUGUCACUCCAAAGCCUAUUAUUAAAGCAUUAAAUCCUGCAACAAACUCAGACUUAUCCACAAAGGAAUUGUCAUCAUGAAGUUCCAAAUAAUUGGGACAGCUCAUGCAAACUGACUGUCCCCUCCUCAGCUAAACAGGCAAGCACCAGAAACACCAGCUGGGGAUACUGUGGCCAUUCUGAACAGUCUUCACCAACCAGCCAGGAUCAGGCACAGGUCUGUAGUUCUUGUACAGUUUUCUUUUUUAGUUUUUAUUGUUCAUGAUUUUAUUUUUUUGGUUCUGGUUUGUACAUAAUGUAAUGUUUGUAAAUGAUUCUCUAAAGCAGUUAUGAUAUGGAGACUGAAGGAUAGCACUGAGGAGAAGAAAUGGUAAAUCCUUUGUAUUAUAAUGUGAUAUGCUGUAAUGCCCUUGGAAACUGUCACCUAUACUCAGCCAGUGUUGUUCUUCAAGUAAGGGGCUGGGCAAAAAAUAACUAUUUUAAAUGUGUCUGCAUCAAAUACUCACUCAUACAUUUACCGUGAUGGAGGAUUGGUAACAAAUAAGAGAUUGAAUCAGGCAAAAACAGACCAGACUCAAGUCUAAAUUAUGCCUCUGAAUGUGAGAUAUUAUUAACAAAUCUAGAAGGCAGCAGCAAUGCAAAAUACAACCAUCUUUCCCUGUGCAGAUAUCCCAUUAAACUGAUUUUCAGCUUCACCUCAUCUUGUCUAUUCCUGCACUUGUGAGCAAAAUACUCACAAUCACCCCUCACCCAUUCCCUACUUGCUGAAUCCCCUUCACACACCUUCCACUGUGCCUACCCUCCUUCAUUCAUCUCCUCUUGUCCAACACUUGCCUUUGCUCAUCACCAGCUCAUCAUUCCCCUCUCACCCAUUCCCAUCUUCCUCUUCCUAUUCCUUUAUCCACACCCUUGCCCAUUUCCCAUAUACUCGUUUGCACCUCUCACCCAUUCGUAGACUCUGAGCUAUUCUAAACUUGAUUGGUCACAUUGUUUUUUCUCUGAAUCGUGUGUCGAGAAUUUAAGAAUAUUGGAAACUGCAAACAAGAAACUUAACUUCUUGUUGGACCUGUGCAGUAAUGUACUCACACCAAUCUCAGCAUAUCCCAGCACAGUAGUAAACAGGAUGGUGGAGUCUCCAAUGUUUCUGAAAUGCAACAUCCUAUGGGUGUAUUUAGCUCAGCUAGUCCCAAUCAGACAGCCUGUGGUGAGGGUGAGGUGUAUAACAGUGUAUGGACCCGAACCUGUUUGGCUCUCAUACUAUUGUUCAAAUGGAGAAACAGCUGACUCCAGCAAAACUCCGAUUCACUGCAUCAGGUCUGUGCCUCUGCACUGGGUCUAAGCUCACUGCAACAGCAGUAAAUUCAGUCCCAGAAUUUGUGAAACUUCACACAAUUGUCACAGAGUAACAAAAGAAUCUUCCAGAAAAAAUCUGGGCAAGAUAAAGGUUAUGGGUCAGCAGCAGUCAAUGUUGGACUAAGCUGAACAUUUCUCUGUCUGAUUUUCAGUCCAAGGUGCCCACAGAAUGCAGGAUUCUCUAGAAUGGUUUCAUAAAGGAAACUGAGCACUUUCAACUUUCCAUAUUCAUCAAAUGGAUCUCUUGUAAAUUGUAGCAGUACAUCUUACAGAAACAUGUUUGAAAAACUAUUAAAAAUCACUUGAAAUUA